GGAUCCAAAAGCUACCAUUUGACUACAACAAGAUGGAUGAAUAUGAACGUCAGUUGUACCUUGCCAGAGAUUAUUACAAUGUGACAGGACCUGCUGCAGCCAGGACAAGUAAUAUUAACGUGGAGGAAGUCAUAGAGUUUCUUAAAUCUGUCACUCCAGAAAACUGUCAGAUGUUCCCUCCAGAUGAUCUAGUACUGCAAGGUGACAUUGGUUUUGGCAUGGAGAAGCAGUUUGAGAAUGAAGCGAGGAUGGCACUUCGUCUGGCUAACUUUUUGAGUGCUUUCCUGCAGCUUGUGAACCACAAUGAAAUCUUCUCUGGGGUUCGUGUUAUUGACAAACCUCUGUCAGAAGACCAGAUGAUGGGGGAAGUGCUCUCUAUCAUCCUGGGCAACAGCAGGAUAUGGGCUUCAGGAAUGUAUUGGGAUCGUGGCAAAUUUACAAACCAGACACUGUUUGCUCCGCUGGCUUACAAAACAAUACUUAACACUCGUAAAUAUUCAAUGGAGGAUCUGGCCCGGCUGAACUCUACACGUGAUGUCUACGUUAACAAGCCCUGGUUUAGAAAGCUCAAAAGUCGUUGGUCCACUAAUUUUGAUGACCUUGACAAGUUCUGGGUGAAGCUGAAGCUACGACACAAUGCUACAGGCAUGCACUCCAUGAAGUAUGAACAUUACCCAACCUUCUACAAGGCUGCUGAAUUGCAACAUGGUCUGUGGAGUGUCCCAGAAUUUGACUGUAAUGGGUUUGUGAAGAAAUGGGUCAUACAUUAUGCAGCUCCAUUCUUCGGCUGGGAUGCACUGAGAUCUAAAUUAGAGUUCAAGGGUGCAGUUAGAGUGACAAUGGAUCUCACGAAAUUAGAUAUCGUUCAGUGUCCAAGUGAUUUCUACGUCCAGAAUGCUUUCAAGGAUAGUCAUCGAUGCGACAGGAAGUCGUCUUAUUGUGUGCCCAUCCAGGGACGAGGCUUUGACACUGGUGGUUAUAAAUGUGAGUGUAUCCAAGGCUAUGAAUAUCCCUUUGAAGACCCCAUUACCUAUUUUGAUGGUCAGCUGGUGGAGGCCGAGUUUCUCAAUAUUAUUCGCAACAAGAAAACCAGGUAUGAUUUCCUAAAAUGUCGAGUAGCCGGAGCAGCGGGACUACAAAGCAGCUUCCUCGUCAUCCUUGCGCUUACCAUCUUCACUUCAUCUUUCGUCGUCAUUAGUACAUUGAUAGCUCCUCUUGAAUGUUCACAAAGCAAAGCAAAAUUUAUAUCUGUGAUGGAUAUAUUAAAGGUAUUAUUUGGUGUAUGCUUUGUCAUUUAAAAAUUCUAUUUUAUUUUUUUGUAUCAUAUUUGCUUGAAAAUAAAUAAUGAUACACCAAAAAAUUACAAAACACACAAAAAACAUAACACAAAAACACACAUGCACACUCAUACCUGUUAAUAAAACUUAUUAUGUAAAUAUUAAUGGAAAAGAGAUAGAAAAAUAAUAAGUAUUACACAAAACUUUACCUAUAUUUAGAAGUGACAAUUUUAUUAUGAAAAUAUUAAAAGAAUGCUUUAUAAAAAUAAUUAUAAAUUACAGAGUAAUGGUUAUAAAUUCCUUCAGUGUGGUUACAUAGUUGGUUAAUUACCCAGUACUCUAAAAUGACAUAUUUCAAAACUUAUCGUUGUGAUGGUGGGCAAAACGUGGUGAGCAAGUUUAUCUAGUUGUACAAAGUUUAUAUUGAAGCUUAUGAAGUUAAUAACCUGAGCAAAACAUUGUCUUGGUUUUUAGUAAAUACUGUACUCAUUAAAUUUGUGUUUGGUACAAAGAAGACAUUAUUUUGUAAUUGUAACUGAAACUUAUUGAGUGAUUACUCAUUAAAGAGAAGACCAAGAUGAAAGUCAAGAUCAUAUAGUAUUUACAUUCAAAAUUAUUGAAAAUUACCUUUGUAUAUAUACUUAAACACAGUUGCAGGCACUGUAUAAGAUUUCUUCACAAUUUUUGUGUAAUAUUUUUAUGUGGCAUAUUAUAUGAUAAACAUUUUAUACUUCUAUUUUUUAGCAACUAAAGUCCACUAUUGUACUAUAUAAAAUUGGUUGUGAAAUUUAUAAACAUUUCUUGUUUGCACAAAAAAACUUGCAUCAGCAUCACCGAAGAGAUGUGUUAUGCUGUGAUAUAAGCAAGAUAUAUUGAUGUGUGCCAAACCACAUUGUGUUGUGUAUAACCCUGGCACACAAGAUAUAAAACAUGUUGGAUUUGAAGUUUCAAGAUAUUUGCUCCAUAUUCUCCUUAUUCAUUACAUGACUGGCUUGACAAAGUUUUUGUUUUUUUUUUACGUUUUAUAUUAACGUUAGUACGUCACCAAUGUUUUAUUUGUAAAGAUGUCAGCCAGAAAUUUGUACAAGCAUUCACUACAGUGUACAUACGUACUGCUGCACUUAGUGGUUGUUCUUAGGGAUGCACCUGUCAGUGUUUCCUCUCGUAUGGAAAAACCCUCUGAAAUUAUAGGAAUUUUUUGUCAUUUCUGCAGACAUUAAAGAAGUUACGUAAAUAUAAACAAUAACUUGAGAACACUCGUUCUUUUCCUGGGAGCAAUGAUCUGCACAUACCUUUAUUCCAGUUAUUGUUAGAUACUUAGUGAAUAUCAUUGCAGAUGUGAUAAGUAAACCACAUUAACUAUACGGGUUAAACAAGUGGAAUAACCCUUGUUACAAGGUAAAAUAUUUGCCUAAAUAGCAUCUUUAACUAGACCAGAAAUAUUUGCCAUAUAUCUUAUCUUGUAAUGUGGGCUCAGCUGUAUGAGGUGUGUGUGUGUCAUGUCAGGAAAAAGCAAGGGAUUUCAAGAAUAACAUUAAAAAAAAUUCCAAAACUAUUUCUUAUGUUGGAAUAAAAUCACUUCAUAUAUCGUACUUGUAAUUUGCACCAAAUAUAGCAUUAAGCUAAUUGUAACUCCAAGCAAAGCCAAAAAUUCUUCCAAUUUGUCUGAAAUUUCAUGUUGAAUGAACAUAAUAAAAAUAGAGUAAUAUCUAAAUUAUGAUCAUCUACACUAAUGUUAGAUUAGGCCAUUUUGGAACUGAUCUGCAGAUAUACUCACUACUCUAAUAUUCAAACAAAUGAACGUUAAUGAAAAAUUCACCCUCGGCUAAUUUUUUCACCAAAUUCAUUCAUAUUUUGCAUAUGUUCAUUUUAAGCUUUUGAAUAUGGCUUAUACUAUUUGUUUGAAAGAGAUAAAUUAUGACCUGUAGAUUUAAUAAUUACAAUACUGCCUUGGGUGGUGACUGACUAGUUGACCACCUUCACUUCCUGUCCAGUUCAUAAAUAACCUGCAUGUAAAGACAAACUUGUGAUGACAUUUCUGUCCAACUUGGACCAUUAACUAGUUGGACCAAAACGUCGUCAUAAGUUUGUGUCCUCUGUGCGGGUUAUUUGUGUAUUGGUCCAGUCAUGGUAUUUUGCCUUUUUAUCCAGUCAAGUUGUUAGGGUGCAGCAACUAGGACAUCUCAUGACAAAACCCUGGCAUUCAAUAACACUAACCAACACCACCUUCUCAUGCCAUAUGCCCAAGCCCAUAGUACCUUCACCGUAUUAGUGCGAGGGCGAAGAGCACAGUGUUAUACACCAUGGGCAAGAGAGAGAGGAAGUCCUGUUAUAAUAUACAUUUGCAAGGAGAGGGGUAAAUGGGAGAGUGAAAGGGUUCCAUGGAAUGCAAUAGGGAAAGUGAGGUUAAAGAAUGGGAGGGAGGGAAAGUGUGAAAAUUGGUUCCCAUUUUGAACACUUAAGUAACGAAUGCUUUUCAAGAAUGCAUUAUUAUCGUAUACAGGAGAAGGGGUUACUAGCCCCCUGCUCCUGGCAUUUUAGUCGCCUCUUACAACACGCAUGGCUUACAGAGGAAGAAUUCUGUUCCACUUCCCCAUGGAGGUAAGAGGAAAUAAACAAGAACUAGAAAGAAAAUAGAAGAAAACCCAGAGGGGUGUGUAUAUAUAUGCUUGUACAUGUAUGUGUAUUGUGACCUAAGUGUAAGAAGAAGUAGCAAGAUGUACCUGAAAUCUUGCAUGUGUAUGGACAGAAAAAAGACACGAGCAAUCCUACCAUCGUGUAAAACAAUUACGUACAGGCUUCCGUUUUACACUCGCUUGGCAGGACGGUAGUACCUCCCUGGGCAGUUGCUGUCUACCAACCUACUACCUAGGCAAACUAAUUAUAUUAAAUUAAUGGAAGUUUAUUAAAUAUGGAGCAGGUUAGACUUUGUCAAUAGAAUUUUUGGGCUAAAAUUUCUGCAUUAACAAGAUAAACCAUACCAAGGACAGGGAUAGAACCCGUGAUCAGUGUCUCAAAACAAGAUAGGUUGUACUACAUUAAAUUUGAAUAACUUUUUUUUCUUCUUAAUAUUAAGUGUAGGGCUGAGUGCAUUAUGUGUAUCAUACCAAAAUGUUCAUAGAUUAGAAUCUAAGGUUAUUUAAGAAUAUGACAUUUUAAUGUCAAAACUUUUUUAAUCUGAUAAUAGUUUAUAUACAAGAUCAACCAGAACUGUAGACAGUGUGAAAUUUAUAGCUAAGUUUAUUAUUAGCUUUGCCCACAUUCAUAUU